AUGGGUGGUAUAUUAAAGAAUGCAGUAUCCAAUGAGGAGAGAAAUAGAGAUGAUCCGGAGUCAAUAACGGAGUUCAGGAAACAAGUGUAUAAGAAUACGCAAUUGAAUGCGAAACUUACUUCGAAGAAGAAAGAUAGUCAAGAGCAUGGCAAGUUGUUACCGAAAGAUUCGCUGCUGUUGAAGCAUGAACACGAUUUGGAAAGAUUGCAAUGGAAUCAGGAAAACUUGGAUGAAAAUGAAGUGACAAAAUUGCAGUAUCAGGAUAUCCAUGUCGAUGAGCCAAAGACGCCUUAUCAAGGUGCAGUGGAUCCUACGGGGGAAUACUACAGAGAGGAUGAUGACGAGGACGACGAGGCAAACAAUAAUGAUAUUGGGAAAGAUGACGAUUUGAACAAUUUCUCUUUGGGGGAACCUGUAUUAAAUAAUGAGGAUCGUGCUAAUGACAACGACCAAAUCGAGUCCAUGGACGAAGAAGAGAGUGCUGAGGCCAAGCACAAAAGAUUUGAAGAAAUGAGGAAGAAACAUUAUAAUGUCAAAGAAGUUUUCAAAAAUAGGAAACAGUUUGAUCUUGAGUACGAAGAUGACGGAGAAAAUGAAGAUUAG